UGUCAGUGUCAAAGUUGCAACCUUUACCGGUAGGUAGGUGGUACUCGGCGUCCCGACUUAUUGCUUCCCGAAAUCGUAACAUUCGCAACCAGCGGCGAUAUUUUAGCAGUAUCAAAAUACUUUAUGCGACUUAAGAAGAACAUUCUAGGUUUGCAACUUGGCAUAUAGACCAUUAUUAUCAAGUCAACUGCAAGUAUAGACUUUGUUUACAAUGGCAAAAAUAGUGUUUCUUUUAGUUUUGUUAUGUAUUUCGGCUAGUUUUGCUAAGAAGAAAAAAGAUGAGGAAAAGCCUGAUUGGGCUAAAAAAGACAUAAGAGACUUUAGCGAUGCUGACAUGGAAAGACUUUUUGAUCAAUGGGAAGAAGAUGAGGAGCCACUUCCAGAAGAUGAACUGCCAGAGCAUCUUAGGAAGCCGCCAUCAGUAGACUUUACAAAAUUAGACAUGUCUAAUCCGGAGAGUGUAUUACAAGCUACCAAGAAGGGUCAAACUCUCAUGAUGUUUGUGUCAGUUGCUAACAAACCUUCUAGAGCUAGGACUGAAGAAAUUACUAAGAUUUGGCAGACUAGUCUAUGGAGCAACCAUAUUCAAGUUGAAAGAUACCUUGUGGACGAUGACAGGGCAAUAUUUAUGUUCAAGGAUGGAGCCCAGGCUUGGACAGCUAAGGAAUUCCUAUUGGAGCAGGAAGAACUGAAAGAGGUUCAAUUAGAAAGUCAAACAUAUCCUGGAAAGAAACCUGACAUUAAAAACAAAUCUCUCAGAGAUGAACUAUAAGUUUAAAAUACAAUAUAUUAUUAUGUGCAUUAUUGCUCUUAUCAAAAUAAUUUAUUUUUGAUAACAGAUAUUACAAUAAUUACAAUUUCUUGUAGGUAUCCAAUCAGUUGUUUACCAUAACUUGUUUUUGUAAAUGAUAAGUGUAAAUGAACAGUCAAUAUCUUUACUUAUAUUUAUUAUAUUUUAACCUCCUUAUAAGA